CGGGCGGGCGCCAGCGCCAGCGCCAUGAACGCGGCAGUGGUGCGGCGGACGCAGGAGGCUCUGGGCAAAGUGAUCCGGAGGCCGCCGCUCACCGAGAAGCUGCUGAACAAGCCUCCGUUUCGCUACCUGCACGACAUCAUCACUGAGGUGAUCAGGAUAACUGGCUUCAUGAAGGGCCUCUACACAGAUGCUGAGAUGAAGUCAGACAAUGUCAAGGAUAAAGAUGCAAAAAUUAGCUUCCUACAGAAGGCCAUAGAUGUGGUCAUGAUGGUCUCAGGAGAACCCUUGGCAGCAAAACCAGCUCGAAUCGUGGCCGGGCAUGAACCUGAGAGAACCAACGAGUUGCUUCAGUUGAUUGGCAAGUGCUGCCUCAACAAGCUCUCCAGCGAUGAGGCAGUGAAGAGAGUCUUAGCUGGGGAGAAGGGAGACUCGAGAGGACGGGCCGCACGGACCUCCAAAGCACCCGAGUCCGAUAACAAGGGCAUGAAGGAAGAAGAGUCCAGAACUCAUAAAGAGGACAAAAGGAGCUCUGAGGGGAAGGAGAGAAGCACGAGCGCAGAGCACAAGCAGGAGGAACUGAAGGACGAAAACAAACCCCGGGAGAAGGAGAGGGACAAGGACAGAAACAGAGACGGAGAGCGGGAGAAAGCCAGAACACGGGCCAAGCAGGACAGGGACAGAAGCAACAAAGACCGGGACAGAGAAGCCGAAAGGGACAAGGAGAGAGACAGGAGGAGUGAGGGCGGGAAAGAAAAAGAGAGGCUGAAGGACCGAGACCGCGACAAGGGGAAAGACCGGGAACGGCGGAAAAUGAAGAACGGGGAACAUUCCCGAGACACUGACAGGGAGAAAAGCAGAGAUCCAGACAAGCCAGAGAGAAAGUCAACAAGCUCAGGGGAGAUGCCUAAAAAGUUGUCGGAUGGAUCCUUCAAAGAUGCCAAAGCAGAGAUGGAGGCUGAGGUUUCUGCAGGAGCAUCCAGGUCCUUGCCAUCAAAAACAUCAAAACGGCGAUCCAAGAAUUCACUGGAAGGAAGAAGGGACUCUAGAGCCAGUGAACAUAGCCUUUCCCCUGAGAAAGAACAUAACGCUUCCUACCAUAAAGCUAAGAAGGACCAUAGCACGAAGCAGCUAGGAAGGAAAGAGGAUAAUAUUUCAGCUAAGAUUUUAGACUCCAUAGUGUCGGGACUAAAUGACGAACCAGAUCAGAAAGCGACAGCUUCAGAAAUAGAUGAUAACUCAGCUAGUCUGUGGCGGGAGAGCGCUGAGCCAGAGCCAACAGUAAAACAGAAAGGUGACUCUCCCAGUGACGCAGAAGGAGAAGCUGGACCUACUGGCCAAGAUAAGCCCGAAGUGUCAGAGAAUGCAGAAGUCCCCAGUGAACUUUCCUCCAAUCUCAGAAGAAUACCUCGGCCUGGGAGUGCACGACCAGCACCUCCCAGGGUCAAACGACAAGAGAGCACUGAGACCCUGGUAGGAGACAGGUCAGGAAGUGGUAAGACUGUCUCCAAUGUGAUCAUCGACUCACAGAAUUCUGACAACGAGGAUGAUGAGCAGUUUGUGGUGGAGGCCGCCCCUCAGCUUGCAGAGAUGUCAGAAAUUGAAAUGGUGCAGGCAGGGGACCUGGAGGAUGAGGAGAAGCACGGUGGGCUUGUGAAAAAGAUCUUGGAAACGAAGAAGGAUUAUGAGAAACUGCAGCCGUCUUCCAAGCCUGGCGAGAAGGAGCGCUCACUGGUCUUCGAGUCAGCCUGGAAGAAGGAGAAGGACAUCGUGUCGAAGGAGAUAGAGAAGCUCCGCGUGUCCAUCCAGACCCUGUGUAAGAGCGCACUGCCCCUGGGGAAGAUCAUGGACUACAUCCAGGAGGACGUGGACGCCAUGCAGAACGAGCUGCAGCUGUGGCACAGCGAGAACAGGCAGCAUGCCGAGGCCCUGAGCAAGGAGCAGAGCAUCACAGACAGUGCAGUGGAACCGCUGAAGGCCGAGCUCUCUGAGCUGGAGCAGCAGAUCAAAGACCAACAGGACAAGAUCUGCGCCAUAAAGGCCAACAUCCUAAAGAACGAGGAGAAGAUCCAGAAAAUGGUGCAUAGUAUCAACUUGACGUCUCGAAGGUGAACGGCCAGCCCUGCAGAGAUGGAGCCCUCAUCCUCAUGAUGGGAGAAAAGGCAGGAAACUCUCAUUCUGAGUCCCAGUCUGUUGAGAAAAUGGACUGCAGAUGCCCGGACCCAGCUAAAUACAGAACUUUCAGUUUAGGCGCUAGACUUAUUAAAAGGCUGUGUUUUCUUACCUCCUGCCAGCUGCAGUGCUUGCUACUUUAGUCUUCAGCUCGCCUUUGUGGGAGGGCUUGUUUCUUUGUUCUUUGGCAAAUAUGUCUUCUGCUGCAGCCUGUUUAAUCCUGCCCCCGAAUUUUCUAGCAGGUAAGUUGUGUCGUGCUACUGGGGAAACGACAGGCCUUUAUUUCUGCUUUUGAGUCUCCCAGGACUUCUUACCAGCACCGAGCAAGGAGUGAUUGUGUACUUUUUGGUGGGUACUUAAAAAUAGGACAAGGCUUGAAAUGGUUAAGUUACAUUUUUAUUUCUACCUGAAAGGGGUCAUUUCAACCUGUGUCCUUGUAAGGUGCCUGUCACCUGUGUGGGGUUGCUGCCCUCUUCCUAUUGCACAUGCUCUGGGGCAGCCCCCUCAUGGCCCUGCUAUCUGCUUUUCUGACCCUUGAAGUUCAGAUGCCGAAAGAGAAUUCAGUCUGACCUUUAUGGAUGUUGUCUUAUGGGAAACUGUCCCAGGCCACCUCCUUGGCUUUCUUCAGCCUCUAGGGUACUCCCCAUGGAUAAGCAGCCCCCAGGCCCCCAGACCUUGUAGCAUGAAGGGCAGCACAGUUCUUUUCCUCCGUGUAGGUGCGUGCACUGAGAGCUGGGAGUGCAGAGAGACUAAGGAAGUACACCAACUUAGAAUUUGUGUUUGUUUUCCUUUUUUAAAGGUGCAUAAGUUAUUUUUUUAUGGUUUAUAUUCAGUUUUUCGCCUACAUAAGGUACUGUAAAUACUUCCUAAGGUCUUGAAUUAUUGUAUAAAGGGUCUCACUGUCUUUGGAGGUUCUUACCGGCUGAGAUGACCCUCAUGGUUCUGAGUAUUUAUUAUGUUCACCAAGGCGAGCCCUGGUAAGUGUGAAGACUGCCUGAGCACAUUUUGUUUCCUAAAGACUUGCACACAUGGCACAGCUAGUGUUUCUCAGUCAGUGGAAGGCAACAGCCGAGUUCUCAACUGGGGGCCAUCGGGACAGUAUGUAGACUCCCUUCAGCUGGUAGGAGUUCUCCUGGCUGAAGCACGCUGCACUACUCUGCCAACCAGAUGCUUCUGAAUAGUUUGAGGGGGAGGGAAGGAUUGUCAAUAGUCUUUUGUAUGUUCAUAAUCUCUUUUCUACUAAAUUGAAUGACUUAGCCAUAACCCUAAGUGAACCCUAUGCAGCUCAAGUUAAGAUAUAUAUAUAUAUAUAAAACCUUUUAUGAAUUUGUAUAUAUGAAUAGAAUUUUAUGUUGCAAAAUUACAUACAUUGUAUGUGAGUAAAUUUUAUAUUCUGUAGUCUAUCAGAUUGUAUCAUAAAGUUUUAUUUUUCUUUUAUACAUAAAUCAUUAAAAUAAUCACCUAUUUUUCCUA